GAGAGAGAGAGAGAGAGAGAGAGAGUAGGUUUAGACGGCAAAACACCAACGCUUCUGCAGCUUAUGUUAACACACACUUAAAUCCCUACUGCCGCCGUCUGGUAUUUGUGUGGCGAGGACGUUGCAGUAGCUUCUGGCAAACGAUCCAUUUUCGUUUGUUUGGUUUGAAGAUCUGUAACCAUGUAUCUUCAGUUUUACAUCAAUGAAAAUGGUGAUAAGGUUUACACUACCAAGAAAGAAUCACCACUUGAGCUGGCAACACAAUCUGCUCAUCCAGCUCGCUUCUCACCUGAUGACAAGUUCUCAAGGCAAAGAGUUCUUUUGAAGAAGCGUUUUGGAUUGCUGCCAACCCAGAAGCCACCACCAAAAUACUGAAUAUAUUCCAUGCUUUCAUCUGUUCUUGGCAUCCCCCAAUUUGAAGUACCCCAAAUUUCAGAAUUUCACUAUCAGCAGUAGAAGUGUUUUUGUUCAUUUCAUAGCUUUGUGACUUUAAUGCAGAAAACCCUGUAGUGUGUAAUGAAGGAUAUAAUAGGUAUUUAGAUGGAACAAUGGUUGACUGGAUGCAUUGAUGAGGCUACUGAUUGAAGAACUGUAAGCUCAUAUGAGUGGUAUUUAGAUGGAGACUGAUAAUUGACUAGGCACCUGAAUGAGAUUUCUUAUUUAAGAAUUUUAGCUUGAUCACUAGCUUCUCA